CAAAGACAGGCUCUGUUACACGAAAGCACAGGGCAGAGAGUUAUUUCUGCACACGUGGAAAUUAUAUUUGACAAUUCCGAUGGAAGAUUACCAGUACGCAAAAAAUACUGCUCCCAUCUGUUUAUUAAUUUUUUAUUAUUAACUAUUUGAUUUUGUAGAUUGCCAAAGAAGAAGUGUAUGUAAGAAGAGUAAUCGGUGCAAAGAAGGACCAAUAUUUUCUUAAUAAAAAUUUAGUACCUCGAAGCGAUGUAAUGAAUUUGUUAGAAUCAGCAGGAUUUUCAAGAUCAAAUCCAUACUACAUUGUAAGACAGGGGCAGAUUAAUCAAAUGGCGAUAGCAUCUGAUUCACAAAGACUGAAAUUAUUACAAGAAAUAGCUGGCACCAGAGUGUACGAUGACAAGAGAGAAGAAUCAAAAUGUCUUUUGAAAGAAAUAGAAGGCAAGUUAGAAAAGAGUCAAGAGUUUCUAAGAAUAAUAGAGGAACAUUUAAAGACGCUAGAAGAAGAAAAGGACGAACUUAAAAUAUAUCAACAAUGGGACAAGCAACGACGAUGUUUAGAAUACACGAUUCACGAGCGCAAGCUCAAAGAAAAUAAAAAGAAGCUGGAAGAAUUAGAAAGAGUCAGCGUUAACAGUCGAUUCGAGCAGGGAAGAUUAUUUGCCGAAGCGAAAGCUGCCCAAGAAAUGGUAAGAGUUGCGACGAAACGACUGAAGGAAGCGAAAAAGGAAGUGCAGUCUGCGAAUGAAGAGCGAGACGCGUUAAGUGCCGAACAGCAGCAAUUAUUAAAGGAGAAAACGAAGUUAACGUUUACUAUUAACGACUUAUUAGAAGAAGUGAAAGGCGACAACGACAGUAAAGAGCGUACUCAACAGGAACUAAAAGAAUUGGAAGCGAACAUCGCGGCAAGAGAAGAAGAGUUGGAGAAACUAAAACCAGAAUAUGAAGAAAUGAAACGUGUUGAAAAUGAAUUAACACGCGAGCUGCAAUUGAAAGAGCAAAAGCGAAAAGAAUUAUAUGCUAAACAGGGACGUGGUAGUCAAUUUGCGAGCAAGGAUGAGAGAGAUAAAUGGAUUCGAACUGAGCUUGAACAACUCGCAAAACAAAUUAAGGACAAGGAGGAGCAUGAAAAAAGAAUUAGCGAGGACAUGAAACGAGAUGCGGAGGAACUGGUCGUUUUGGAAAAUAAGAUCGAAGAACAUAUGCGUGAAAUGGAACAGCAACGAACAUCCAUAGACGAGCGUAUGAACCAGAAUUAUGAACUCACCAAAGCGAAGGACCAGUGGCUAGUUAUUCGAAAAGAACAAUAUCGGCAAGAGAACGUAUCGCAACUCAACUUAUCAGGAUUGAAAGAAGAUUUAGCUAAGGCAGAUCAAAAUUUGCGUUCUAUGGCUGGUAAAGCCAUCAUGAAUGGUCGAGACAGCGUGCGGAAAGUUUUGGAUACGCUUCGGCAGAGGGAGGACAUGGCUCAUAAAGUGAGAAGUUAUUAUGGGCCUGUGAUUGAGAACUUCAGUUGCGAGAAGAGUCUUUAUACGGCUGUAGAGGUGAUUGCUGGAAAUCGAUUGUUCCAUCACAUUGUCGAAACUGAUACAUUCGGAACGAAAAUUCUGAAAGAAAUGAAUAAGCAGAGACUGCCGGGGGAAGUGACGUUUGUGCCUUUAAAUCGACUUCGCGUAAAAGAUAUAAAAUAUCCAGAAACCAGUGAUGCUAUACCUAUGAUAUCAAAGCUACAAUAUGAUCAGAAGUAUGCCAGAGCUAUGAGAUUUAUAUUUGAGAAGACACUGAUUUGUCGCAAUUUAGAAGCUGCGACAAAUUUGGCUCGUAUGUCUGGUUUGGAUUGUGUGACUCUCGAAGGUGAUCGAGUAUCCUCGAAAGGAUUUAUGACAGGAGGUUACUUCGAUACAUCCAGGUCUCGUUUGAAGAUACAAAAAACGAGAUCAGAGCUAAUUGCUCAAAUUGAAUCCCUCGAAUCUCAGCUUUCAACUCUUAAAGAGGAGAUCAGAAAAUCAGAUCAAAACAUCAUUUCCUACGUUAGCGAAAUGCAAAAGACGGAAACUAGAAUCAGUAAAGCCAAAAAUAUAUUUGAUAAAAUGAACGCUGAUUUACGACUCAUGAAGGAAGAACUAAGUACGAUUAAAAGGUACCGCACAUCGAAGGAACAAAGUUUGAUGCAGUGUACAUCGAGCUUAAAAGCGCUGCGUGCGACACAGGAAGGCUUCGAAAGUGAAUUACACGAAGAACUUACUUCAGAAUUGUCUGUAGCCGAUCAGCAACAGGUAGAUUUUUUAAACGACGAUAUAAGGCGCUUGACGAAAGAUAAUAAGGAUGCGUUCGUGAAACGAAUGCGUUUGGAAGCUGAAAAAAAUAAAUUAGAAAAUUUCUUGACCAAUAAUUUGAUCAGAAAGAAAAACGAAUUAGUUCAAGCACUGCAAGAGAUUUCGGUAGAAGAUCGGCAACAUAAAUUAGAAUCGUCGAAAGCACAACUAGCGGAUGUUGAGAAGGUACUAGUGAGAGUAAACUCGGAUUUUGAAGCUCAAAACGAACGAGUAACUAACGCUAUAAAAAAGCAAAAAUCAGAGUCCGUGGAAGUUGAAAAAUGGAAACUGAAACAGAAGGAAGUGCAGGAGAAAAUAGACGCUAAUGGCAAGGACGUGGAGAAACUAGCUAGUAAACUAAAUAUUUUACAACAGAAAAUCGUAGAGUGUACGCAAAGGAUCACAGAACUUGGUGCACUGCCUAGUCACGAGAUGUACGUUAAAUUUUGUGAAAUGACUACUAAACAGUUGUUCAAAGAAAUGGAAAAAGUGAAUGAUUACUUAAAGAAAUACAGUAAUGUAAAUAAGAAAGCCUUGGAUCAGUUCAUGUCGAUCAGUGAUCAAAAAGAGAUAUUGGUAAAAAAGAAAGAGAAGUUGGAUAAAGGUGAUGAGAAAAUCAGGGAAUUAAUGUCAGUUCUCGAACAACGUAAAUGCGAGGCAAUUCUGUUUACGUUCGAACAAAUGAGCGAAUACUUCAACAAAGUAUUCAAGAAACUGGUCCCUUCAGGUCAUGCAAACCUAAUUAUGAGAAUUGCAGAUGAAGACGAAGGACACGAUACGAUGAACGAAUCAACCGAUUCCGAUAGGUUUAUUGGAAUUGACGUAAAAGUUUCGUUCACCGGUCAUGCAGCCGAAAUAAGACAAAUGAAUCAAUUAUCUGGUGGACAAAAAUCGCUCGUAGCGUUAGCGUUAAUAUUUGCUAUACAAAAGUGUAACCCAGCGCCGUUUUAUUUGUUCGAUGAAGUCGAUCAGGCUCUAGACGCGCAGCAUAGGACAGCCGUAGCGGAUGUGAUCCACGAACUUAGUUUAAAUGCCCAAUUCAUCACGACCACGUUAAGGCCAGAACUGUUAAAACACGCGAACAAAAUUUAUGGCGUUAAAUUUAGAAACAGAGUUUCGCACGUUGUCUGCAUAUCUCGAGAGGAAGCAGCAAAUUUUGUAGAAGACGAUGCCAAACAUGAUUAAUAUAAGAUCUAACUUAUUUAUAAAUUAUU